AUGAAGAAAAUUCUAGAACAGCAGAGCCGUUUAUCUCGAAAACAUAGCAGGAUCACUGAGGAGACUAAGAAGACAUGUUCAGAGUGGCCUUUACCAUGCAACAUCUCUCUGUUUCUUCCAGAAUUUCCCAUCAGGUUGCAGGAAGGCCAGAAUCAAUUGGAGUUUCUUGGUAUCAUUGCAAAAGGUUGCUAUGGACUAAUCUUGAAAGCCAAAGACCACAGACGAGAGAACAUCUAUGCUGUGAAAAUUUUGUCAAAAGCAGAAGUUCUGCGUAGAAGCCUGUUAAAGCAGUGCAAGGAAGAGGGGAUCAUUCAGAGACAACUUAGAGGACCAUUUGUGCAUAGGCUGGAAGACUGCUGGCAAUCCCUACAUCACAUCUUCAUUAUGUGUGAAUAUUGCAGUGCAGGGGACCUCCACAGACUUUGGUCAGAGAAUGGGCAAUUUCCAGAGAAAACUAUUCGGGUGUAUGCUGCAGAAAUUGGCUCUGCGCUUGGGUUUCUCCAUGAUUUUGGAAUUAUUCACCGGGAUGUGAAGAUGGAAAACAUACUACUGGAUAGCAGAGGGCACCUGAAACUUACUGAUUUUGGGCUGUCGCGACAGCUUAAACGAGGACAGAAGACAUACACUAUCUGUGGGACAAUGCAGUACACUGCCCCAGAAGUCCUGAGUGGUGGUCCAUAUAAUCAUACUGCUGACUGGUGGUCUUUGGGGAUCCUUUUGUUCUCCUUAAGAACUGGAGAGUUGCUCUGCAAAAACCCUCUGCGGCGGCUUCACUUAUUCAGUCAGUUCCAGAAUCAUCCAUUUUUUCAUGGGUUAAACUUUGAUCCUGUUCUUCUUCAAAAAUUGCAGAUGGAAUUCAACCAGGAUGUGGAAAGAACAAUGGCAAUGCAAGAAGUAGAUCCUUUUCAGGACUUCGACCAUGACCUUGUGACAUUAUUUGCCUUCCCAUCUCCAGUAUGA